AUGGGAGAUAUUUAAGGAGAGAGUGGGCAAACCUUAAUUUAAUCUGAAUCGAUAGGAUUCUUUGAAAAAGUGAAGCAAAUUAUUUUUCAAGUUCUUUUUGUUUUAAGGAAAGAUGAAGAAUCAGAAGAGUCUUAAUUAUCAUUUUAUAUAUAAACUGGGUUAGAUUACUUUUAAAUGCAUACUUUUCCCUUUAACGAUACUAUUUACUAUUUAUGGAAGGCAGACAAUGUGAUUGGGUUUGUUCUAAAUUUUGUCAACCUCUUUUAAUUAAGUACUUACAUACCUAACAUUUCAUAUUUUGCUCUAUUGUCAUCUGUAUAUAUACUAUUAGUAAUUAUUUUACUUAUCAUUUUGGAUAUAAUUUAUGUUAGUUACUCAUUUUCUAAAAAUCAAUUUGCUGCAACAUGGCCAUUAGUUGUUUUGAGAUCAGUUACUUCACUUGUAGUUACUGUAUUGUUUUUGCCUAUAACAGAAACUUUAUUUUCUAUAUUAUAAUGUUAAACAGAUCCUACAACUGGUGAAUAUAUAAUAUCUGGUUAUAGUGAAAUUUAUGUUGUUUGUUGGCAAGGAUGGCAUACAUUCCAUGCAUUAUUAACUUUGUUAUUUAUGUUCAUGUUUGUAGCAAUUUGUGCUAUAGUAGCAUAUGCCUUUUUUGAACCAGGAAUGAUGAGUGAUGAUAAAACAGCAAGAUAAGAUAGUAAAGGAGAAGUGACAUUCAUUAUUAAUAAAGUAACAUGUUAAGUUUUAUAUUGUUUUUUGGGAGAGAAUCAAUCAUGGAUCUUAGUAUUAGCAACAUUCUUAAUGGCUGUAUGGUUAUUUUGGGAAUAUAAUUUUGAAGAUCCUUAUUAUGACUUAGAAGUAGGAAGAUUCUAUUCAAUAAUUUCUAGUUAUUAUUUAUGGGCAAACAUUUUAUUAUUGAUAUGUAAGAUAUUUGAAAAUCAAAAUUUUAAUGGAGGAUUUAUUGCUUGGAUAAUAGGAUUGCCUUUUAUUGUUUCAAUAAUGUUAAUGACAAAAAAGUCUAAAAUUGAUACCUUGAUUAAAGUGUAAAAGAAAAUUAGAAGUGGUAAGGAGAUUUGGGCUCAUAUUCGUUAUGUUUUGUAGCUUAUAUAAUAAUAAGAAAAGGAUAGAAAUUCUUAUAUGCUUUUGAUUGGAUAUAUUGAGAAACAUAAAGAAACUUGUAAAUAUAAUGAUUGCUAUUUUAAAUUUAGUAGAAGAAGAAGUACAGAAUUGGAUAUGAAUGAUAUGAUUAGAGGAUUAAUUUAAGAAUUGGAAAAGAUGUUUAAAGAUGGUAUAAAGAAAUUUCCAAAAAGUGCUGAAUUGAGGAUCUUUUAUGCAUUGUUUAUUAUGGAAAGAAAGAAAAAUAAAGAAGGAGCAUAUAAAUAAUUCGAACUUAUAGAUGAUAAAUGUAAACCAGCUUUAUAUUAAUAAUUUAUAAAAUAUAGAUAUAUGUAAGAUAUAUUAUUUUUUAUUUUAUAGGAAAAGUAUUAAAGAAAAUAAGAAAGAAAAUAAAGAUGAUGAUAUUGUAGAGGCAAUUAAAUAUAAUAAUCAUUAAACAAUGUGUGAAAAGAGUAUGCAAUAAUCAGCUAAAUUGUAAAAAGAUUUUUGGGGAGAAUUAAAAGAGGAUUAACCUGAUUUAGGUAAAUUAAUGAAGUUAGGUGCUGAUAUUACAUAUGUUACUAAAACAGCUAGACAGAAUUAUGAAGAAAUGUAAAAGAUAUCCUAAAAUGUAUAUUAGAGUGUUAAAAUAUAUAGUAAUUUUAUUUUGUAUGUUUUAAAUGAUUAAAAAUUAGGAGGAGAAUUAAGAAAAAUUGCAUAAAAUAUAAAAGAAGAAUUUUAAAAAGAAUAUGGAGGAAGAAAUGAAUUUUUAAAUAUUGAUAAUUAACCUAUUCCAUUUAUAUAGGUGAGUGCUAAAAAGGCUGAAGUAGGUAAGAUAGUAAAUGUCAAUACAUUAUUUACAACAUUUUUUGGUUAUUAAAAGGAAGAAUUAUUAAAUAAAUCAAUUAAUAUUUUAAUGCCUAAAUUAUAUGCUGAAAAACAUGAUAAUUAUUUAAUUGAAUUUUUUGAUAAUAUUGUUUUAAAUCUAAAAUUAGAAGGAGAAAUUGAUAGUUAAUAUUUAGAUACAGAUUAAACAUAAAUUUUUAAACAUAAAAAUGGUUAUAUAGUUCCAUUUAUAUAUCAUGUUACUCUUAAUUUAGAAACCAUGAAAUAUCUGACAAUAUUUAAAAGUGAAAAUACUAUCAAAAGUUAAGUCAUUUUUAUUGUUGAUAAUUCUUCAAAAAUAAUAGAAAUGUCAUCUGGAGCAAUCAUAUUUUUUGAUUUGGAAUUAAAAUAAAUAGAAAAAGAUAUUUAUCUAAACAAUUUUAUCCCAAAUAUUUUAUUAUAAAAUGAAAAACACAUAUAAUAUAAUUAGCAAAGCAAAGAUGGAGUUGAAUGUAAUAUAGAUAUAUUAUAUUAGAGACAUUCUAUUUUUAGUGUAUGAUUAAAGAGAUUAAGCUCCCUUAAAAGAUGGAUGAAAGUAAUCAUGAUAAGGGAAACUAAUAGGAUGAUACUAAUAAUAUUAAAACUGGAAAAUGGUUGGUUAGAUUAGAGAAAUUAGAAAAGAAUGAGGUCAAUCUAGGAGGAUAAUAAAAGAAAAAUAAAAAUUUUGCUGUUAGCACUCGAUAAUUAAUAACAGCAACAAAUGUAAACAGCAAUCCAAACUCAUAAAAAUAUCUUUAGACUUCUAAAAUUUAGGUUAACCAAUCGAUUGAUGGACAAAUACCUAAAUUUGAGACGAAUUUAGAGUUUGAUCAAUAAUAUGCAGUUUUUUUAUCUGAAUUAUAUUCGGAGCCUAGAUAUGAUGAUUAUAAAAUGCUUUUAAAUUAAUAAGUUGAAAGUGAUGUUAAUCCAAUUGUAGAUUAUUCAAGUAAUAUUGUCAUAAGAAGAUUAAUCAAGAAUUAAAUAUUAAAUAUAGAUGAAGAAAAAGAAUAAGAAUUUCUAUUGUAAUUAGAAGAGGAAGAAGAAGAAAAUUCAAUAUUUAGAUUUAAUUAAAAUUAAUAUGAAGAUGAGGAUGACUAUAAAAUAUUUGCUCAUAGAAACUCAUAAGAUCUAAUACGACGAGUUCUUAAUUAAGACCAUAAACAUUAAAAGAUUACAGAGUUUAAAGUAUAUUCAAAUCUUUGGAUAUUUUUUAUCUUUUUUAUUACAAUUCUUUAAUAUUUAUUCUGUUAAUCAUAUUUUAUUUCAUACAAGGAUAGUAUUAAAUCAAUUUACUUGGUGAAUAAUGAAAUAAAUCAAUAAAAUUAAGUAAUUUCUAGAGUAUUAGAUCUAUGUCUACCUCAACAAUUUAAUAUCACUUAAUUAUAUGAAGAACUUUAAUUAGCUGCCAGUAAUGCAACUGAUUUCAAUAAAUAUAUAAACUCUGCAUUAUUAAAUAAUUAUUUUGAAGAUCGAAUAAUAACAUUAAGAUUUUAUGAUGAUGAUCAAUACACAGAGAUAGAUAUAAAAUUGGAGAGUGCACUAUUGUUAAUUGAAUCUUUAGCCUUAAAUACAUCGCUUUAUAAUAAUUAAACAUUCAACUAUAAAAGCAAUGCUAUUUAAAAUAUAGUUUAUAAUCAUUUUAAUGUUGUUCAUUAAUAGAUUAUUAGUAUUGCAUAUGAGUUGUACUCAAAUGUUGAAAGCUAGAUGAAUUAAUAUGAUGUAAAUUUAUUAAUUACUUUGGGGAUACUAAUUUUAGUCACAUCUCUUGCUAUGACAAAAUUUAUUACUUUGAUGUUAAGUAUUAAAAUGGAUAGAGAAAACAUCUUAUUCUUAUUUUUAGAUAUUCCAUAAAAACAUAUAUCUAUACUCUAUAAAAAAGUAGAAUAUUUUAUAAAAAAUUAUAUCAGUAUUGAGGAAUUAAAAAGAAAAAAUGAACUAGAAGGCUAUGAUUCAAGUGAAGAAGAAUAAAUAUAGGAAGAUUAAAUUAAAAUAUAAAAAAAUCCAGAAGAAGAAGACAACUUUAUUUAAUUACAAUUAAAAAGAAAAAAAAUUAUUGAAAAAUACAGAAAAAAUAAGUUUAAAGGUAAUCAAGCAAUUAUCAUUUAAUUUAUAUUUAUAGCACUUUGUACUUUAAUAUUUGCUGUAUAUAAUAUAAUUAGUUCAGCUAGUGAAAGAGGACAAAUUAGAUAUAUACUUCCCCAAUACUUUUCAGGUUCAAUGGAUAUUUCUGAAUAUGGAAAUUAUCUCAACAUUUUUAAAUUAGCAAUAUUGGAUAAUUAAUAUUAAUUGAUUAAUUAAACAUCUUAUGAGUCAGCUUUUGCUGGUAUUGAUACUUUUACAGGUAACCAAUUAAGUUCUUAAGCUUUUGCUUCUGCUUUAUUGAAUUAAUUACCAACAUUAAGGGAAAUGUAUUUUGGAAUAUAUUAUGGAGAUAUUUGUAAUGAAUUAGGAUUUGAUAGAAAUGAUUUGUGUUAUUAAAUUAUAGAAGGAAAUCUAGAACUUGGGAUUUUCAAUGUCGAAUAAUAUUAUUUAUAAUAUUUUAGAUAUUAAUUAUCAAUAAAUUAAAACUAUUAAAUUGAAUAUGAUCCAUAUAUUUAUUAGAUAGAUCAAUCUUUGUAUAAUUAUAUAAGAAAAGCAGUAGAUUAAGUAUAAAGUUAUUAAUUAUCAAUGAUGACUAAUUAGAUGGACAGCACAUUAAAUAUAUAACUUAUACUUGUUAUUAUUUUCAUUUUGGUGUUACUAUUAAUUUUUGUUAUAUAUUGGCUUCCAUUUCUAACUAGUACUAACUCAUAGGUAAAUUCAAUUAAAAUAUUAUAGAUUAAUUAAAAUAUACAAAUGCUUAAUAUGAUACCCAUUGAUGUAAUUAAGGAUAAUAAAACUAUUAGAAGAUUUUUAAAAAACCUUAUUAAGGAUAUGAAUAUUUAAGAUUGA